GGCGGAGGUGACGCGGCGGAAGCGGGGCCGAACGGGGCCGGGCCGGGCGGGGCCGGGCGGAGCGGCCAUGGAGCUCGGCGAGAUGCUCUACAACAAGUCCGAGUACAUCGAGACGGCCUCAGGCAACAAGGUGAGCCGGCAGUCCGUGCUGUGCGGCAGCCAGAACAUCGUCCUCAACGGCAAGACAAUAGUGAUGAACGACUGCAUCAUCCGUGGUGACCUGGCGAACGUGCGGGUGGGACGGCACUGCGUGGUCAAGAGUCGCAGCGUCAUCAGGCCCCCCUUCAAGAAGUUCAGUAAAGGGGUGGCUUUCUUCCCUCUGCACAUUGGUGACCAUGUCUUCAUAGAAGAGGACUGCGUUGUCAACGCGGCCCAGAUCGGCUCCUAUGUGCACAUAGGCAAGAACUGUGUCAUUGGACGUAGAUGUGUUUUGAAAGACUGCUGCAAAAUCUUAGACAACACAGUACUUCCUCCUGAAACCGUAGUUCCACCUUUCACUGUCUUCUCGGGCUGCCCAGGACUCUUCUCCGGGGAGCUCCCGGAAUGCACCCAGGAACUCAUGAUUGACGUUACCAAGAGCUAUUACCAGAAGUUCUUGCCACUCACUCAGGUGGCCUCUGCCAGGGCCUAAAACCAAGCCACCACUGAAGAUCCCUAACACCCAGCAUUGUUAACAUUCCUUACACUGGCCACUUUCUCCUCCUGCCUCUGAAGCAUCCCUCUGACCUGGGCUCACCUCUCCGCCGCUGCCAGUUCUGGGAAGAUGGAGUGUCAGUGGCUGCAGCGUGGGGAGUCCCAGCUCUGCAGGCAGCCUGCCGUCCAGCGUGCUGCAGCAAAAUGACACAGGAGGCUGUGCCUGUAGCCAGAGGAGCUGCAGGAGUGGGGAAGUGUAUCCUACAGGGAGGGGAAUGCCUUCUGUCAGGAAUCUUGUACAAACACUGAGCACUUCUACCCC